AUGUGGGGACUUAGAAAUGUUGGAGAGAUUGUCAACGUUCAAGAAGUUUAUGAUGGUUACCCCAACAUAUUCUCUAUUGAACUUCAUCACGGAGGGAGUUUCACAAAGUUUCCAAAUAUCAGGUAUAUUAAUGGCCAAGUAAGGUACUUUGAUGUUGUCGACAUUGAUGAAUUUUCUGUUCAUGAACUAGACUCGAUGAUGAGAGAAUUAGGGUAUGAUGGUACUGAAAUCAUGUAUUACCAUUUCCGUUUGCCUAAUGAAGGAUUUGACUUUGGACUCCGAGCAUUAGGUAACGAUGAUGAUGUGCGUAAUCUCUCACGAUAUGUUACCCAUAAUAACAAAAUGAUUAAAGUGUACACAGAGCAUGGUCAAACGAACUUGCUUACAUAUUUUAUGUCCCCAACUGGUCCAAAAAGGGUUAUAAUAGAAGACAUGGAGAAGCAGGAUUGCAUUAGACCCUCAUCACCUGUAGUUGCUCAUGAAGUGGUAACUCCAAUCCAAAUUGAUGUUGGUGAGGGUGAUUUAGGGUUAGCAUUAACCUUAUACAAAUCAGCAACACCUGAAUUUAGUAGGUCUAAAGGUUGGAAACAUAGUAAAGGGGCAUCGUCUUGUAGUAGAAUGCUUAAAUUGGAUUGGGAAGGUGCUGAAAAAACAAUGGCAAGUGGUGAAGUUGAUAAGGGUAAGGGUGUAGAAGGAUUUGUAGAUGAAUUUGUUGUAGUUGAUGCAGAAAAAGAGUUAAACAAAGAGAUUGAUGUGAAUGAAGAACUUGAUGUGAACAAAUCCAAUGGUGAGGGUGUAGAAGGAUUUGCAGAUGAGGGGUAUAGAGUUGUCAUGGAUAAUGAUCCUCAAGGAGUCAAUGAAUUUUCAACUAACAUCAACAUAGAUGAUGAGUUAAUGACAAACUUUCAACCUUUUGAAGGGUUUGAAGACGAAGAUAGCAUCCCAUUUAAUGGGUUUGAAGGCCAAGAUAAUAUUCCUUUCAAUGAUGAGUGCAGACAAGAGGAGCCUGAUGACAUUGAGUUUGAGAAUCAAAACAGUGAAGAUGAAGAUAGUGACUUUAUGAUUGAUGAGGACAACAUAAUUGAAGAUGUUGACGUUGACAUGGAGGAUUUCAAUCUAAAUAUUGAUAUAGAAGCAGAGUUCAAUGGAUGUCAAAGAAUGGGUGGUCAAAGAAAUGAAGAUAGUGUUGAAGAAGAUGAUUUGGAGGUAAUUGACAAUGACGAGUGGGAUUCACUAAGUGAUGACUCAGGGGACAACAGGAAAAGAAGAGAAAUGAUCAAAGAGCUGGGGAAACAAACCUUAUGUUCUGCUGGUGAGGUGCACAAGGUAGCUUUUCAUAUUGGGCAGAAAUAUAAAGCCAAGAAAGAAUUGAAAGAUAAAAUUGACCUGCAUGCUUUAGAGACAAGGAGGAAUAUCUCAUUCACAAAAAACGACAAGAGUAGAUUAACAGCUGUUUGUGAUGGAACUGUAGUUUUAAAUGCAAGUGGGGUAGGUGGACCUACCUCUGGGAAAAAGGUAAAGGGUAAAGAUGUAAACUCAGAUAAAGUUAAAUGCACAUGGAAACUUCAUGCAUCUAGGUCAAGUGAACAGGACUAUUGGUUUAUUAAGACGUAUAAUCAGAAACACAUCUGCCUCCAAACACGAAAAAUCAGAUCUUGCACAGCAACAUUUCUUUCCAAACGUAUUAUGGAUCAGAUUGAAGCUAAUCCUGGACUGCCUGUUCGUGCCCUACAAGAGCAACUCCAAUCAACUUAUGGAGUUAGUAUUUCAGAAGAGAAAGCAUUUAGGGCAAAAGCAUUAGCCACCAAAAAUGUUGCAGGGGAUUACGUAAAGCAAUAUGCAGCUUUGAGAGACUAUGUACUAGAGCUACAAAAGACAAAUGAAGGUACAACUGUAAAGAUUGAUGUGGUUUCAGAACCUGUGGUUUCAUCCCCAACCAGGCAAUUCAGAAGGAUAUACGUGUGUUUAGGUCCUUUGAAGAAAGGUUUUAAGGCAGGUUUGAGAGAAUUUUUAGGCUUAGAUGGAGCCUUCAUGAAGGGACCUUUCCCAGGUCAAAUACUAAGUGCAGUUGGUGUUGAUUCCAACAAUGGAACCUACCCAUUGGCAUAUGCUGUUGCUGAAAGUGAAAACACUUCAAGUUGGAAAUGGUUUCUUCAGUGUCUUGCAGAAGAUCUUGACUUGUAUUCAAAUUCCAACUUCACCUUUAUCAGUGAUAGACAGAAGGGUCUUCUACCAGCCAUAGAACAAUUGUUCCCUAAUGCAGAACACAGGUUCUGUAUUAGACACAUAUACCAGAACAUGAGGAUGUUAUUUAAGACUACAGAGUACAAGGAGUAUUUUUGGAGGUGUGCUACAGCCACCACCAUACCAGAGUUUGAAGCUGUAAUGGUAGAGCUAAGGAAUUAUGACAUAGAAGCAUAUCAAUGGCUCUUGAAAAUCCCUCCACAUCAUUGGGCUAGAAGUCAUUUUUCUGGAAGGGCAAUUUCAGACAUGUUAUUGAAUAACCUUUGUGAAGUGUUCAAUAGCAAACUUGUAAAAGGGAGAGACAAACCCAUUAUCAGUUGUUUGGAGUUCAUCAGAGAGUACCUUAUGAAGAGAGUAUGCAAUGUGAUGAAGGUGUUAAACAAGUGUCAAGGUCCAUUAACUCCAACUGGUACUAGGAUUUUGGAAGCAAACACAACACUAGCUAGUAAGUAUCAUGCACGAUGGAAUGGGGGACAAAAGUAUCAGGUUAAAGGUCCAUGGAAUGAUCAACAUGUGGUGGACAUGGAGAAAAGGGAGUGUAGUUGUAGAAAGUGGGAGCUUACUGGAAUUCCUUGCAAACAUGCUAUUGCAAGCCUAAAUGAAAUGGCAGACAACAAUGAAAAGGUAGGAGAACUAUACACCUAUGUGCAUAAGGUGUAUUGGCUUGAUACAUGGAAAGAGAUGUACUCCUUCAAGGUGGAGCCUAUCAAAGGUAGAGCCAUGUGGCCUAAGAGUGACUGCCCAACAACUCUUGUGCCUCCACCACACAACAAAGCUAUAGGCAGGCCAAAAAAGAAAAGAAGGAUUACAGCAGAGGAAAGGAUUGAAAUCCAGCAACGUAAGAGGCAAGCAAACAGUCAAAGUCAAAAUGAUAAUGAAACUCAAUCACUGAGCAGGAAGUUUUUGACUGUUACAUGUAGUAAGUAACACCUCCGGUGGAAGUGUUGUUUCUCAUUUUCCGGCAAAGCAAGGAGUCACACCAACAUCUUCGUUUCCCAUUUCUUAUCUGUUGACCGAAGCAAACGAACCACCCACUGCCGCCACCUUUGUGACCACCGGAAAACCACCAUCCUAAAAUUAUUGCGCAUACAUACAGCCAAGUACCCUCAAAACAUCACCACCCACUGCCUCUAUCGUUUUAUUGGAGCUUCUCCACCGAUAACCACUCGAAAUCGCCACCCACCACCCAUUUCCGCCAGGACGAAGCAGCAGAAGGUCGCCAGAUCACCCCCCUGCCACUCAACGCCGCCGAUAUCCACUAUCGUCGGACUUGCUGCUGCAGAUGCUAACCACUCACGACCACCGCCUACCCUCUGUAAGCCCUUCCGCCAUCACCAUUAUUCUUGUUUUAGCCCUUACGAGCAACCAAGACCUAGAGACCCAGCAGAUGGGUCUCGUUUCCCUCCAUUCGUCUGUAAAUCACGUCCAGAUGAGGAAGACGAUCGAUGA